GCCACUGGCCAGGUCAGAGAGGCCCGUGCACUGCCUCUUCCACCCACCUGGGCCGCGUCAGGGCCUGGGGUGCCGAGAGAGGUUUUCACAUCAAGGACUGGACUCUGGAGUCAUGCAGGGUCAGGAGGAUAGUGGGGAAGAAGGUACAGGAAUAUUUGAGAUGGAUCUAGCAAGUGAGGAAGAAAAGGCUAGGGAAGGCAGAUGGCAGCCCGUCUAUCCUCUGACAGGACUGAGCAGGAGCCCUCUUCUGGUCACCCCAGAAAGAGGCCAAGUUAGGAUUCCAACCAGUGGUCCCCCAUUGGGAAGAUGUCAGGUGGAGGACAGGCAUGUGGUCCUGUCGUGUAAGAAUGUUCCCCUGCCUUCUCCCCUCACAGUGGUAGUGCACCAGUGUGGUAAAUGAAGAGAGGGAGAAUUUCUCUGGAGUCCUCUGAAUUAGGAGGGUAGAAGGUAAUUACCCAGGGAGGGAUGUUUGUACUAGGCCCCCUGACCCCCCAACCUUGGACCCUCGGUGGCAAGCACCCCCUUCAGCAGUGUCUGCUCCAGCUCUAGGCAUUUCCACCCUGGAUCAAGCCAGCCCCUAGAGUUCAGGUCUACACUAGGUUGCAACUGGAGGUCCGUCUUCUGGGUCUUCACCUGCACAACUGUGGCUUAUCCUUAAGCCAUCUUCACUCUGGGCAGAGAAGAUAGUAAGUCACCAAGCUAUAAGCCUUUCCCCAUUCCACAUGCUGCUGGCCAAAACCCUGCAACUUGGGACAUGUCUGGCACAGACCCAGGGUACAAAGCAAGGAAAUUAUAUUUCUAAGGGAAGAAAGGGAAAGUCAGGAGGGAGUCAUCAGAGGGGAGACCAGGAUUGACUCUAUCAUUAUCCCAGCCUCCUAAUUCCCCCAAGUCUGACACUAACAGGAGCACUCUUUUUGCCCCCUUAGAGCAAAGCUGUGUCCAAUAUAUGCAGAGUCAACAACUGGCUUCGUGACACAGAACUCCCUCAUUUUACAACAAUCUGGCUGCCUGUAGCUAGUUAGGUCAGAGCAGAGACCAAAUCCUGUGUUCCAUGACUUCCCGCCCAUUGCACGUCCAUACACUGUUACUGCUCUUACCUCCCCCAUAGACGUCUGUCAUUUUGUCAUGUGUCGUCAUUAUUUUUUUCUGCAGGAGAUACUCUGGCUAAACAAGUAUAAAAUGAAUGCCAAGAAGUACUGCUUCAUCGUGGGCAUCUUCUCUAUCCUCAACACCAUUCAGUUUCUCCUCUUUGACGUGAACUAUGUUGUAAACUUUGGCUACAGAGACAGCCUGUUCAGCAUUUACAAGGAAACGCACUUGGAUCAGGAUUAUUGGGUCAUAAGCAACAUGAAGGCCAUCAAAAUCUGCCUGUCCAUCAUCACUCUUAUAGUCAGCUGCACCCUCCUUUACUGCAUCCACAUGAAUAUCUGCCUGGGGAUGCUGACCUAUGCCAUAUGGAUCAUCAUCUAUGAGGUCUUCAACUUCCCGCUGGCCCUGCUCCUCAAGGAUUCCGUCAGAAACCUGUUCGAGGAGCUGAGUUACUUGCACUUGAUCUUCCAAAUCUCCCGCAUGCUGCUGCACUUCUGCUGUCUGCCCUUUAUCAUCAAACAAAUGCUCAUCAUAUACAAGGACCCCAAGAUGUCAAGCAAAAUGGGCCGCCGCCGGCACUCCUCCAUCAGUACAGUCGACUCGUGGUCCCCAGUCGGGCUGGCGCUGUACCGCAAGUUAAACUGAAACACGCCGGAAAGAAGACAGAGAGAGAGAGGAAUGGCGUGCCCCAACAUUGGAGCUCCCCUUUCCCUACCUGCCUUUGUUGAGGCUGCUUGCCUUUUGGGGUUC